AGAGCACUUCACAGAGCGGACGCACAGGCAGCACAGAGAGAGGCACACGCGAAUCAUUUACGGAGCUAGAGGAGGACAGGAAUGGUCGCUCUCCUCCGGCAGCAUCCUUUCGUUUCGAACAUGGAUUUGGGGACCAGAAGAAACAGUGGAAUGAUUUUACAGCUCGCCGUUCUUCUCUGGUGUUCAUAUGGGGCAAUUGGAAAAGACAGCUGUGAUGGCCCACUGGUGUCCAACCUGCCCCAGUCCUCCUUCAGAAGCUCCUCUCAGUUAUCCAACAGCCAUGGGCCCGGCUUCGCUAAAGUCAACAGGAGAGAUGGUGCUGGAGGCUGGGCUCCUGUGGAGUCUAAUAAGUACCAGUGGUUGGAGGUGGACCUGGGGGAGCGGACAGAGAUCACAGCCGUGGCCACGCAGGGUCGCUACGGCAGCUCAGACUGGGUCUCCUCCUUCCUCCUCAUGUUCAGCGACACGGGUUGCAACUGGAAACAGUACCGCCAGGAGGACAACAUCAGGGCGUUCACAGGGAACAGCAAUGCAGACAGUGUGGUGCAGUUUAAACUGCAGCAGCCAGUCUUCGCCAGGUUCCUGCGGUUACUUCCUCAAGACUGGAACCCCAAUGGGAGGAUAGGCCUGAGACUGGAAGCCUAUGGAUGUCCUUACAAAUCUGACGUGGCAAGUUUUGACGGCAGCAGCUGCUUGCUCUACAGGUUCAGCCCAAACCCAACACCAAGUCCAACAGCCAAAGACACUAUCUCUCUGAAGUUCAAAACCCUGCAGAACUCUGGGACCUUGAUACACACAGAGGGACAACAUGAUCACACCCUCACGCUGGAGUUACACAAAGGAAAACUUUUACUCCAUCUCAGAAAAGGUAGAAGUGUCUCUCCUGGUCCUGAGAGCCACACGGUCGUGUCACUGGGUAGUCUUCUAGAUGACCAACACUGGCACCACGUAGCCAUCGAGCACUUUAGCGGCCACCUCAACUUCACUGUGGAUAAAAGCUCUCAGCACAUCCAGGUCCCUGCAGAACUCAGUUCUUCUGAGAUAAACGAGAUUAGCUUUGGUGGCGUCCAGUGCCAUGGAAGUCAGAGGGUUAUGUCCAGGAGGAACUUCCAUGGGUGCCUUGAGAACCUGCUCUGGAACAAUGUGAACGUAAUAGAUCUGGCCAAGCACCAACAGCAAGACUCCAUCAUGGGCAAUGUGACCUUUACUUGUGCUGAGCCAGUCUCUGUCCCCGUGACGUUCGCCGGUGCCCAGAGUUUCCUCCAGUUGCCGGUGGCAGCACUGCAGCAGAGAGAUGUCGGCGGGGUUGCCGUGGCGGCGGUUGGCGUGGCGAUCAGCCUGCAGUUCCGGACCUGGAACAGAGCGGGCCUUCUGUUAACCUUUGACCUCCAGCAGCAGGCGGGGAGCCUGUGGCUCUACCUGAGCGAGGCCAGAGUCAGCCUGAAGAUACACAAGGCUGGCAGAUACACAAUCCUAGUGGACGUCACUGCAGGAUUUGGUCUGAACGAUGGCCAGUGGCAUUCAGUAGACCUAACUGCAAGGAGAGGUCAUCUGACCAUCACUGUGGAUAAAGAGGAAGUCUCCACGUCUCAUGCCAGCCCAGCUUUCCCUGUGGAAUCAGGAAACAACCUCUUCUUUGGAGGUUGCCCGGACAGCGAGAAUAACCAGGAGUGCAGAAACCCCUUCAACGUGUUCCAAGGCUGUAUGAGGCACAUCUAUGUGGAUAACAAUGCUGUGGAUCUGAUCAAGGUACAACAGAUGCUGAUAGGAAACUACAGCGAUCUCCAAAUCGACAUGUGUGGAAUCAUCGACAGAUGCUCUCCAAGCCAUUGUGAACACGGGGGGAGAUGCAUCCAGUCUUGGAGUACCUUCCAUUGCAACUGUUCGAACACGGGCUACAGUGGAGCAACAUGUCACAGCUCCGUCUAUGAGAAGUCAUGUGAAACGUAUAAACACCAGGGUAACACAUCAGGCCUGUAUUACAUAGACGUGGACGGAAGCGGUCCGAUCAAGUCACAGCUGAUCUACUGCAACAUGACAGAUAAAACAUGGCUGGUGAUCCAACACAAUAACACGGAGCUAACCAAAUUAAAGGCCUCAUCUGGGAUAAAUCAGCAUUUAGCCUAUUUUAACUAUUCUGCCGACGCGGAACAGCUCGGGGCCAUAAUUACCCAGGCAGAGCACUGCGAGCAGGAAGUCCUCUACCACUGCAGAAAGUCACUCCUCUUAAACACACCAGAUGGAUCUCCGUUCACCUGGUGGGUGGGUCGUACAGACGAGCCCCAGACGUACUGGGGCGGGGCGGUUCCAGGGAGCCAGCAGUGUGGCUGCGGUCUUCAGGGGAACUGCAUUGACUCAGACCACUACUGCAACUGUGACGCUGACCGCAAAGAAUGGGCGACUGACUCUGGCCUGCUCACCCAUAAGGAGAAUCUGCCAGUCAGAUGGGUGGUGGUUGGGGAUAUACAGAGACCUGGAUCAGAGGCAGCCUAUAGAGUUGGCCCACUCAGGUGUCAUGGUGACAAGAACUUCUGGAACGCAGCGUUCUUCAACAAAGAAACGUCGUACCUGCACUUCCCCACGUUCCACGGAGAGCUGAGUGCAGACAUCUCCUUUCUGUUCAAAACCACUGCCGCUUCAGGAGUCUUCCUGGAAAACCUGGGCAUCAAAGACUUCAUACGGGUGGAACUCAGCUCUCCGACAGAGGUGGUAUUCUCGUUUGACGUGGGCAACGGCCCCUUUGAGGUGCGGGUGGAGACGGGCGACGUGGAGCUAAACGACGACAGAUGGCACCGCGUUCGAGCAGAGCGGAACGUGAAAGAGGCUUCGCUGCGUGUGGACGCUUUCCCCAGCGCCACACAGAAGGCCCCCGCAGACGGGCACAUCCAUCUGCAGCUCAACAGUCAAUUAUUUGUAGGUGGCACAGCCUCCAGAAUGAAAGGCUUCCUGGGGUGUAUCCGCUCGCUGCAGCUGAACGGGAGGACUCUGGACCUGGAGGAGAGGGCUAGGAUCACGCCCGGGGUGAGGCCGGGCUGCCCGGGACACUGCAGCAGCUACGGGCAGCUGUGCCAGAACCAGGGGAGGUGCGUGGAGAGGUACAACGGCUUCUCCUGCGACUGUGGCCUCUCCGCCUACGCAGGCACCUUCUGCCAGAGAGAGGUCUCGGCUGACUUCAAACCCGGGACAUCGGUCCAGUACACAUUCAAGGAGCCAUAUGAGCUGAACAGGAACACCAGCACCCAGUCGUCCUCCAUCUACUCUGACCUCAAGCUACGGCGAGAGAACGUGUCGUUCAGCUUCCGUAGCAGCCAGAGCCCAGCACUGCUCCUCUACGUCAGCUCAUACUACAGAGAGUACCUGGCUGUGCUGCUCAACAGGAAUGGUUACCUGGAUGUUAAAUACAAGCUGCAGAACAGUAGAGAUGCUGAGGUGUUCAGGACCAGCGUUAGGAACCUGGCCAACGGACAACUUCACAGAGUCUCCAUCAGGAGGCUUUCAGAGACUGUCAGUAUUCAGAUUGACCAGCACGAAAGGGAAGACUUCAAUCUCACAUCUGAUGCAGAAUUCAAUGCUAUCAAGUCAGUUGUCCUGGGGAAAGUGCAUGAGUCUGGUGAGCUGGAUCCAGAGAUCGCCAGGCUGAACUCCCAGGGUUUCAGUGGCUGUCUGUCGGUGGUCCAGUUUAACUCCAUAGCCCCACUGAAGGCAGCGCUGCUCUUUCCCAACACCAGCCCAGUGGUAGUGACUGGACCCCUAGCAGAGUCCACCUGUGGUUCCUCAUCUCCAGCCAAUCCCUACCCAGCUGAAACCACACACUCCCUAUCAGAUCAUUCAGGUACAGUAGGUACUGGUGAGCCUAUAGUCAGUGCAAUCAAGAGUGACUCUGCAUUGAUUGGAGGUGUGAUUGCCGUGGUGAUAUUUGUGAUUCUGUCUGCGUUGGCAAUAAUGGCAAGGUUCCUGUAUCGACGGAAAGAGACGUUCCACACCCAAGAACCCCAGGGAAUCAAACCUGAGGCAGACAGCCCUGAAUACCCUUUCCACAGCGAGCCCACCUCACAGAACAUACUAAGUGAAAACCAAAAGGAGUAUUUCAUAUAGGUCCAACUAUCCACCUCUCGACCUUCUCAAUGAAUCUGAUUAAGGAAGGACAUGCCUUGCCAAGCCCUAGAAAAGUUAAUAACAUUCACAGUGCAUUACACAUAAAGUACAUGCAGUAAAAAACCAUCAGCAACUGUCAAAACAAGAUGGCUGACCAAGAUUUGAAGAAGACAAAAAAUUAUCUAUAAAUGCAUCCAUGUAAUGUUUUCAACAAGUUACCACAGCCACAAAACCAGAAUUGGCUAUAUCGUAAAAAAAUAUGAAAACUGAAGUUUCCUUUUAUGUCUUAAUUGGAGGGUUGUGGUUAAGGUUAGGGUUAGGUUUAAAAUCAUAUUUUUGAGAAAUUGUAGCAAUAGGCAGGGUUUAUGACUUUGUGGCUGUAGUAACUAGUGACGACCACGUAUUGUUUACUGUUUUUUGUACAUACUGUUUGUACUGGUAAUAUGACACAAGUGUAGAUGAUAGACAUUGAAAGGUGUUGAUACUGUCAUUCAUGGGAGUGUAAAUAUUCUAAAAAAAUGUAAAUGUUGAAUUAAUUCAUGUCUUUAUAACAAUCGCUGUCUAAUAUUCCUCUCCGAUGAUACAGUACUGAAAAUAUUAUAAUAAUGACUGGAGGGAUUUAUACUGUAUGUACCUGCAGUACGGUUAUGAAGAUGAUGUAAUAAAUGUUUGGGCUAUUGA